AUGGGUUUUCAAAUCACCCACCUGUGGAAGGCCCCUGAGGUCAACCCCAUCAGUAGAAAAGCACGAAGUGUACCAAUGCUCAACCCUAUCGACAUGUACGGCAGAGUGUUCUCUUUCUCAUGGCUUGGAUUUAUGCUUGCUUUCUGGGCUUGGUACACGUUUCCCCCUCUAUUGACAGUCACUAUCAAAGAAGAUCUCCAUCUCACACCAGCUCAAAUCGCAAACUCCAAUAUCGUUUCUCUCUCUGCUACAUUCUUCCUUCGAUUUUUGACCGGCCCUUUAUGUGACUUGUAUGGCCCCCGACGCGUCUUCGCUUACUUGAUUCUCCUGGGCUGUCUACCCAUCGGCCUCGCACCACUUGUCAACAGUGCAACGGGCUUAUACGUCUCUCGGUUCUUCAUUGGUAUUCUUGGUGCAACUUUUGUGCCUUGUCAGGUAUGGUGUACUGGGUUCUUUGACAAGAACGUAGUUGGUACUGCCAAUGCUCUGGCAGGAGGAUGGGGAAACGCUGGUGGCGGAAUCACUUAUUUCAUUAUGCCUGCAGUCUUUGACUCUCUGGUUGCCAACCAUGGCCUGACUCCUUCAAAGGCUUGGAGAGUCACCUUUAUUGUUCCCUUGGUCUGUUUGAUCGUCUGUGGUCUCGGCAUGCUGCUCCUCUGCGAAGACAGCCCCAUGGGGUCCUGGGAUAACCAAAAUGAGCUUGUCCGAAAGAACAUGGAAGCGCAUGGGAUCUCUAGCUCUGGUGACGUUACUCCUAUUGGCACACGCACACCCGAUCGUGCAGGUUCAGACGAGGAGAAGAGCCCCGGUGAGGAGAAAGACGUCAAGAUUGGCGAUCACGAGCACUCCAUUUCACGUACAGAAGCUAUGGAAAUUGCUCGAGGCGAGAUUGUCGUCAAGCCAAGUCUCCGCGAAGCGCUCCCUGUCACAUACUCCCCUCAAACCAUCUUUCACAUCGCUACCUACGCAUGCUCAUUUGGCGGCGAGCUUGCUAUCAACGCCAUCCUCAGCUCAUACUUCAAGAAGAACUUCCCUCACCUCGAUCAGACCAAAGCCAGUAACUAUGCUGCGAUUUUUGGCUUCCUCAACUUCGUGAACCGGCCUUUGGGUGGAGUCAUCGCAGACUUGUUGUACAACAAUUUUGGACGCAGCCUCUGGCUCAAGAAGGUCUGGAUCAUUACCUGCGGACUCGUGACGGGUGCUCUUCUUAUCGUUAUUGGAAAGGUCAACCCUUCUGAAGCUAACGGGGGAAACAUCGGCACCAUGGUUGGACUUGUGGUGGUCAUGGCUAUUUUUAUCGAGGCUGGUAACGGUGCGAACUUUGCUCUUGUGCCUCACGUCCACCCUUCUGCCAACGGUAUCCUAUCAGGAUUAACCGGAGGUGGCGGUAACAUUGGCGGUGUUAUCUUUGCUAUCGUCUUCCGCUUCAUGCACGGUGGCAAUGACUAUGCCAUGGGCUUCUGGGUUAUUGGAAUCAUCACCAUUGCGUUAAACCUGGCUGUCUGCUGGAUUCCCCCACUGCCAAAGGGCCAAAUUGGAGGCCAUUAA